UUUUGCUUGAACAGACCAAUGAGAUUUUUUACCCCAGCGUUUUAAAGGUCUGUCUCAUACUUACGCUGCCACAAGAGCUUUGGUUAGAAGCGGUUGCAUAUUUCAAGAUACUGUUAUACAUCGAAGAUUAAUAAAAUGUCUUCUGCAAACGAGAACACCGCACGUCUCACCCAGUUCAAAAACAAAGGCAAAGAUGCGACUGAAUUGAGGCGUCGAAGAAUCGAAGUCAACGUUGAACUUCGUAAAGCUAAGAAAGACGAACAGAUCUUGAAAAGGAGAAACGUGAGCAGCUUUCCGGAUGAGGCCACAUCUCCCCUACAGGAGAAAAGUCAGAACUGUCAAGCUCAGCAUUGGACGGUGGAAGAAAUUGUAAAUGGUGUCAACAGUACCAGUUUGGAUACUCUGCUUCAAGCCACCCAAGCUGCCAGGAAGUUGCUGUCAAGAGAGAGACAUCCACCUAUUGACCGCAUCAUCAGUGCCGGUCUGAUCCCAAAGUUUGUGAGCUUCUUGGGUUUGGUGGACUCUCCGCCCAUACAGUUUGAGGCGGCCUGGGCUCUAACUAACAUUGCAUCUGGAACAUCUGACCAGACCAGUGCUGUGGUGAAUGGAGGAGCUGUCCCCGCGUUCAUCAGCCUCAUCUCAUCCCCACACGCUCAUAUUAGUGAGCAGGCUGUCUGGGCUCUUGGAAAUAUUGCUGGUGAUGGCUCGGCGUACAGAGACAAAGUCAUUAAGCAUGGUGCUAUUGCUCCUCUUUUAACACUACUGGCUGUUCCUGACUUCUCUGCAUUUGCUCCUGGUUACCUAAGAAACGUCACUUGGACCUUGUCAAACCUGUGUCGUAAUAAAAACCCUGCACCUCCCCUGGAAGCAGUAAAACAGAUUCUGCCAACCCUUAUCCGUCUUCUGCAUCACGAUGAUAAAGAAGUUUUGGCAGACACCUGCUGGGCCAUCUCGUACCUGACUGACGGGCCUAAUGACAGAAUUGAGGUGGUGGUGCAGGCUGGUGUGGUUCCUCAACUGGUGAAGCUGCUGGGUUGCGGGGAACUUUCAAUUGUGACUCCGUCACUGCGCUCCAUUGGUAACAUUGUAACCGGUACAGACGAACAGACUCAGGCGGUACUCGGUGCUGGUGCGCUCUCCAUGUUUCCUGCUCUUCUGCGCCACCACAAGAACAACAUUCAGAAGGAGGCCGCCUGGACCCUGUCCAACAUCACCGCUGGCCGGGACUAUCAGAUUCAAGAAGUCAUCAAUGCUGGCCUUGUGCCUUACCUAGUUGAUGUUCUCAGACGGGGUGACUACAAGACCCAGAAGGAGGCUGUGUGGGCAGUGACCAACUACACCAGCGGAGGCACAAUUGAGCAAGUGAUUUACCUUGUUCAGGCCAACGUACUGGAGCCUCUGUUGAAUCUCCUCUGCACUAAAGACAGCAAGACUAUUCUGGUCAUCUUGGAUGCAAUCACCAAUAUCUUCUUGGCUGGCGAGAAGAUCAAUGAAGUUGAAAAACUUUCCUUGAUGAUCGAAGAAUGUGGUGGCCUAGACAAAAUCGAAGCUCUGCAGACCCACGAAAAUGAAUCGGUCUACAAGGCUUCGCUUAACCUUAUAGAAAAGUACUUUUCUGGAGAGGAGGAAGAGGAUGAAUGUGUCGCCCCUGAAGCUACGUCUGAUGGCUACGCGUUCCAGAUUAAUGAAAACCAAAGCACUUUCAAUUUCUAAAAACUUUGAUCUGUAAUAUUUCUGUGCGAUUGUUCUGUAAACCACUUGUCCUGUUCAUUUGUUCGUCUUGCAGACUUCUUUCUGUGAUCUGUACAUACUAAUCUGUUUCAAUUUUAUUUGUUGUAAAUAAAAAUGAAAAGAGAAAAAAA